AUAUUGAUGUUGAUUAUUGAGAAAUUUGAUGUGGUAUAAAAUUAUCGGUAAUCUUAAAACGGUACGCCUUGAAACGGUAUGCCAAAAUCAGCUGGUAUCGAAAUAUUUCAUUCCAAUAGAGAAACCAAAACAAGGUUCGAAGCGGUAUUCAUAACAUUAAUUUUGACAUCCUAGUUUAAAGAAAAAACCCUAAACUCAUCUCAAACCCUAAAUUUUGUCACUUUAUUAUCUACUAUUUGAUGCAGCCACCCUCUAUCCUUAGGACUGACAACUAGCCAGCCAACCUUUCUGGCCUCUUAGGACUGCCAACAGCCCCUUAUUUUGACUUCUCAUAUCUGCCAUGUACCCCUCCUCUACCAUUAGGACUGACAACCAGCCAGCCAAACUUUCUGACCUCUUAGGACUGCCAGCAGCCCCUUAUUUUGACUUCUCAUAUCUGCUAUGUAUGCUCAUUAAUUACAGCUUUGACAAGCUUUGACUUAUGUAACUAUUAGCUACUUUAUUUCCUAAUAGUUAAAGAUUAUAAAUAGGCUAGCUAUGUAAGAGUAAAAUCAGUUUUUGAUGUGAAUAUAAUUCAGUUUCAGACCUGGACAGAAACUUGUUUCUCCAGUUUCUCUGUAAUUCCAGCUUUAAUUCUUAAUUUUAAUGCAAUUCUAGUUCAAGUUCUCAAUCAAUUGAUCUUGAUUUCCAUCAUUUGGUAUCAGAGCACAGAUCUGGUCCUCUUUUUUCCCUACCACUUUGAUCAUUUGAGCCCUAGAUUUUCUUGUGUUUCUUUUUUCUCCCUUCAUUCAAGAUCCUAGAAUUUAGAUCUAGGUUCCUUGUGACAAUCAAAUCUGUGGCUGUUGCAAAUAUCACAGAUUUGAUCACUUGUGUUGUUACUUCUAUUUACAAUUUUUUUUCAAAGAUUGUGAAGCUUCUAAUGGCUCAAGGAAGGAGGGGAAGGAGAGGCGGAAUAAGGGGGAAUCAAAUGAAUGUUGGGGAAGGAGUUGAAGCCAACCCUCCAAUGGGGAGGAAUGUUGGACGGAAUCAAAACAUCGAGAGAGAAGACAUGAUUGCUGAAUUAAGGAGACAAGUUGCGGCACUUACAGAGGUGGUGCAGCGUAUGCAGCCUCCUCAUGAGACUACCGAUGAGUCUGAUGACUCUCAUUCUCAUUUUGGGAACCCUUUUGGAGCUCCUCCAAGGGGUAGGCCUUAUGUGGAAAGAAAUGAGCCAAGGCUUGACUACAACUUCAAGGUUGAAAUUCUAGAAUUUCAAGGGAGUCUCAAACCGGAAGACUUUGUAGAUUGGCUGAACACCAUUGAAAGGGUGUUUGAUUAUUAUGAAGUUAUAGAUGAAAAGAAAGUGAAGCUAGUCGCUAUUCGCCUUAAAGGGAGAGCUUCCGCUUGGUGGGAACAAUUGCAAAUUUCUCGCCAAAGAAGUGGUAAAGUCAAGAUCAAGAGUUGGGAGAAGAUGAAGAAAAAGCUCCGUGAGCAAUUUCUUCCUUUCAACUACACCCAAUCACUCUACAAAGACCUACACAACCUUAAGCAAGAGGGAAGUGUAGAGGAGUAUACGGAGGCGUUUCACCAACUUGUAGUAAGGGUAGAUUUGAAUGAAAGUGAAGAACAAAUGGUUGCAAGGUACUUGAGUGGAUUGAAGCCAUCCAUCCAAGAUGUCCUUAGUCUUCAAUCAUUGUGGAACGUGUCGGAAGCCUACAACCGGGCUUUACUGGUAGAGAAGCAACAAACUAGGCCAGCUUUAAGGUCUGGACAGUGGGGUUCCAGGUCUGGGCAGGGGAUUUCUAGCCAAUAUAAGGUUGGGAAUUCAAGUACAAAUGGGAGAGGAGAAACUUCUGGGGUUGAACAGCAACCAGCAGGUUCUAAAUCUGCUAUUACAGCCCCAAAACAGUCCCAAACAGCCACUGUUGGCGGGGGUAGACAGCAACAGGUGGGUACUUUCAAAUGUUUCAAGUGUGGAGAGCCGGGGCAUCGAUCUUCGGAUUGUAGGAAGAAGGCUCUUAUGUUGGAGGAAGUAAAAGAGCUUGAACGUGAAGGUGGAGAACCCAUCUUUGAUCAACCUUCAAAUGAGGUUGGUGGUGAUUUUGAAGAAGAAGAGGGCUUGACACUUGUGAUGAGAAAGACUCUUCUUGCUCCUAGAUUCAAUUCCGAAGAAGAUUGGUUGAGAACCAAUAUUUUUUAUACAACUUGCAAUAUUGGAGGAAGAGUUUGUAAUAUGAUCAUCGAUGGGGGAAGUUGUGAAAAUGUGGUCUCUCAAGAGGUGGUUGAUAAGUUGAGGCUUGCCACUCAAGAUCACCCACAUCCCUACAAACUUUCUUGGUUCAAGAAGGGUAAUGAGGUGAAAGUAACGAAGCGUUGCUUGGUGCCAUUUUCUAUCCGGAAGAAAUAUUUUGAUGAAGUUUGGUGUGAUGUAGUACCAAUGGAUGCAUGCCAUAUCCUUCUUGGAAGACCUUGGCAAUAUGAUCGCCAAACGAUGCAUGAUGGGAAGAAGAACACCUAUACCUUAAGCAAAGACAAUCAGCAAUUUACUUUGCUGCCAAUGAAGGAAAAGGUGACUUCUAAAUCCUCUACAACCUCUUUACUCGCUUCUAAAAGCUUCAUUCAAGAAAGUCAAGAUAGUGGCUACAUUUUCGCAUUAAUUCCAGUCAACACAGUGGCUGGAACUGAUGUUCCUAGUGCUGUCACUGAGUUAUUACAGCAAUAUGGUGAUGUUUUUCCCCAUGAGUUACCUCCUAUGCGAGACAUUCAACAUGCCAUUGAUUUGGUACUGGGUGCACCCCUUCCAAACAAGGCAGCAUAUCGUAUGGCUCCAAAGGAGAAGGAAGAAUUGCAAAAACAGGUUCAAGAGCUUCUUGAUAGAGGCUACAUUCGGGCUAGUAUUAGCCCUUGUGCGGUACCCGCUCUCUUGACUCCUAAGAAGGAUGCUUCCAAUGUGGCUGCUUUAUUUUUCAAAGAAGUCUACAAGCUUCAUGGUGUACCCCUAUCUAUUGUUUCCGACAAGGAUGCUAAAUUUCUUGCUCAUUUUUGGCGAACUCUAUGGUGCAAGAUAGGAACUGAAUUGAGUUUUAGCACUUCUUUCCACCCUCAAACGGAUGGUCAAACUGAAGUUGUCAACCGAAGUCUUGGAAAUCUCUUGAGAUGCUUGAUUGGAGAAAAUCCUAGAAAUUGGGAAAGUAUCCUUCCCUUGGCUGAAUUUGCUUACAACUCUUCUCUUAAUCGGACUAUUAACACAUCUCCUUUUGAAGUUGUGUAUGGAAAUAAACCUUUGAGUGUCUUAGAUUUGGCACCCUUGCCACUUUCUAAGAAGGAGAAUGUAAGAGCAACAGAAAUGACAGAUUUUAUGCAAUCUGUCCUUGCACAAGUCAAGGAGAGAAUUGAACAUUCCAAUGCAAACUACAAGACUGCUGCUGAUAUUCACCGAAGGAGACUAAUUUUCAAGGAAGGGGAUCUUGUAUGGGUGAUUUUGACUAAAGAAAGGUGUCCUCAUGGCUCCUAUUCCAAGUUGGGAGCAAGGAAAGUAGGUCCAUGCAAAGUAUUGACUAAAGUCAAUGACAAUGCCUACACAGUCCAACUACCCCCUCACUUAAACAUCUCUAAUGCCUUCAAUGUGAAGCAUUUGAAGCCUUAUUUUCCAACUGAAACUUGAGGGCAAGUUUCCUUUAUGGAGGGGAGUAUGAUGCAGCCACCCUCUAUCCUUAGGACUGACAACUAGCCAGCCAACCUUUCUGGCCUCUUAGGACUGCCAGCAGCCCCUUAUUUUGACUUCUCAUAUCUGCCAUGUACCCCUCCUCUACCAUUAGGACUGACAACCAGCCAGCCAAACUUUCUGACCUCUUAGGACUGCCAGCAGCCCCUUAUUUUGACUUCUCAUAUCUGCUAUGUAUGCUCAUUAAUUACAGCUUUGACAAGCUUUGACUUAUGUAACUAUUAGCUACUUUAUUUCCUAAUAGUUAAAGAUUAUAAAUAGGCUAGCUAUGUAAGAGUAAAAUCAGUUUUUGAUGUGAAUAUAAUUCAGUUUCAGACCUGGACAGAAACUUGUUUCUCCAGUUUCUCUGUAAUUCCAGCUUUAAUUCUUAAUUUUAAUGCAAUUCUAGUUCAAGUUCUCAAUCAAUUGAUCUUGAUUU